AUGGCGUGGCUACUAGAGCAAGGAUUAACACCCGAUGUUAUUCCAAAUGGAGCUAAAGUUAUGAGCAUUCGACACUCGACUUUGAGCAUCAGUGUCAUCGAUUCGAUCAAUUUCCUCCCGAUGAGUCUGUCAAAAUUACCAUCUUGCUUUGGCCUCACUGAGCUGAAAAAAGGAUAUUUUCCACACUUAUUUAAUAGAAGGGAAAAUCAGGCAUAUGUGGGUCCUUUUCCUGAAUCGUCUUUCUUUUGUCCAGACACGAUGUCUAGUAAAGCCAAGUCCGAGUUUUUUGUCUGGUAUGAACAAAAUAAAGAUAAAGAGUUUGAUUUUCAAAAAGAAAUGUUGGAGUAUUGUAGAUCUGAUGUAGAUAUUUUGAGGAGAAGUUGUUCUAUAUUUAGAGAAGAGAUGAUCAGAAUAUCUGGUGUAGACCCAUUCUGUUAUAUCACUAUUGCGUCAACCUGCAUGGCUGUCUACAGGAGUAGACAUUUGCAAUCAGGUACAAUAGCGAUGGUUCCUGUAAAUGGAUACAUCAACUGUACCAACUACAGCUCUGAUGCGAUCAGAUGGUUAGAUUUUGUUGCUUCUGAUCAAGACAUCACGAUUGAACACGCUUUGAAUGGAAGUGGGGAAAUAAAGAUUGGAGGUGUGUCUGUUGAUGGAUUUUGCAGACAAACAAAUACCAUAUACCAGUUUCACGGCUGUUUUUAUCAUGGAUGUCCAGACUGUUAUGAGGGAGAUACAAUUCACCCUUUCAAGAAAUGCCCCAUGUCAACUUUACUGGCCAAAACUAAGGAAACUUCUGAUAAAUUUCGAUCAUCAGGAUAUGAGAUAAUCAUGAAAUUCAGGAAAGACUCAACCCUCGGGAUUCCUUUUUCGGUGGAAGGACGAAUGCCUUAA